AUGACAGUCCUCUCUAGGCACGACCAAGGUCUAUUCGAGACAACGAGACGAGUUCUCGCCGAACUUGUUAACGAAGGAUUGGUUGAUGCGAAGGUCGAAGUGACUGUGCCAGGAGGGUCACAAGUACUUUGCUUAUUGAGUCCCCAAGAUGACAUCUGCGUUAAGGUCGGGAUCAAACCGGCCACCGUCAUUGAGAUGAAAGAGGACCACGUAAUUUCUGUCGUCCGACCAGCCAGCUUGCAGCCCCCUGUAAUUAUUGGAGAUACCGGAAAUCAAGAGCUGGACCCUGGCGCAAUAUUCGGGCUUCUAAGUGCUUCAUUUAAGAAUCAUGCGGAUGAGACGAUACUAGGAGCUAUAGCUCAGGAGCUACGUAACUCAGCAAGGAACCAGGAAAAAUGGCUGGAAAUCAGCCAGAAUCAGAAGUUAUUGAGUUUGAAGGAUACAUCUGCGAACUGGGAACGGGCAUUGAUAUAUGGCCAUCCGAGCCAUCCUUACCACCGAUUAUGUUACGCGCAAGCACCCCUAAAGCCCGUCAGCCCUGGUGAUAUCCCUGGGAUGCUGAAGCCGACUCUGGCGUUUGUUUCAGUACCACGCGACAAUCUCCGUAUAACGGGUCAGUUUGAGCGAGAAUUGCAACCUCUACUGCAACAGUUGGACAUCCCAGAGACAACUAGGGAUCGUGUGACGGUUCCUUGUCUCGCUCAACAGCUGCCUUCUGUUCACCAGAGAUUCCCUGAUGCUGCCAUUCUGAAACUAGUCACAGACUGCGCGGAUGCCCAGGCAUCUAUGCGAACGCUCACCAUCCGCCCAGAUCUAGAAUUCGACUACCACCUGAAACUCUCAUUGGCUUGUCAGAUUACCUCCGCUCUGCGAACCAUCACGCCAUGGACGACCUGUGGCGGCCCAGUUCAAACGGAACUCUUGGAGAGAUUUCUGCCAGACGACCUUUGGGUUUUCCGAGAGGUAGCCGCUGUCUCAGGUAGCCAAGAAGAUUUCAAUGAGGCGCGCCAUCUCUCUUGUAUUCUGCGAGAUAGCUUGGAGAGCAGAGCACAAGCAAAUGACGAGGUUCUUAUCAUCGCUGCGGCAUUGGGCCAGCGCCCUUAUGGAGAUAGCCGUACAUACGUGGAGGUUUUGUACAGCCUGGAAACAAUCGCCCAGAAGAAGGAGUGGUUCAGAAGAUAUGUUACAGUACUGUUUAAUCUUGUCCUCCCUCCAUUGGUUCAGUAUGGCAUCGGACUAGAGGGUCACGGUCAGAACCUAGUGGCUCGUGUUUGCCGCCAGACUGGCCAGAUCAAAGGAUUCGCUGUACGCGACUUCGGAGGUGUCAGAAUGCAUGUCCCAACAUUGAAGAAGCAUGGCGUGAAAUUUGACUCCUUGCCUCCUGGAGGAGCGACCUUGACAGAUAACUUGGACAAUGUAUGGAGCAAGGUGCAUCAUUCACUCCUCCAGAACCACGUCGGGUUGCUUCUUGAAGCAUUGGGAUUGGAGAACCAUGGCGGAUGGGCAAUCACACUCGAAAUAUUAUCGGCAGUCUUGGGCGCUGGCAAAGAUUCACCUGGAGCAAAGCUACAUGAGUUUUUCACCAAGGAUACAAUGCCGUUCAAAUGCUUCCUGAGAAUGAGAAUGGAAAGCAAAUACCGUGAUUACAUCGAGAGAGAGGUGCCUAAUACGCUGCUCAUGGACUCUCCGCGGUGGAAGUCCAUACUAGAUACCUAUCAGCCCUCUCUCCAUGCUACGUAG